AAGCAAGUGCGCCGCCCUGUCUUCUCCUCAGACCUGCAGUUUGUUUCUUGUGCAAUGGACGGCCGCCUAGACGCUGACUUGUACCCUCUGGGAUCCGGCUACGUCCCUGAAAUCGAGAGUGUCCAUGACAUAUCAGUUGGCACAAAGAGGGGAUCCGACGAACUCUUUUCUUCCUGCAUAUCCAACGGACCCUAUAUCAUGAACUCAGCCAAUGGCAACGACAGCAAAAAAUUCAAAGGUGACGUUCGCAGUCCUGGUGUUCCGUCACGUGUGGUCCAUGUACGCAAGCUUCCCAAUGACAUAAACGAGGCAGAGGUUAUUGGCCUGGGAUUGCCCUUUGGGAAGGUCACCAAUCUGCUGAUGCUGAAAGGGAAGAACCAGGCGUUCUUGGAACUGAACAGCGAAGAGUGUGCACAGACGAUGGUGAGCUACUACUCCUCUGUCACUCCUGUCAUCAGAAACCACCCCAUCUACAUGCAAUAUUCAACCCAUAAGGAGCUCAAGACGGACAACUCUCCCAACCAAGUGCGUGCGCAGGCCGCUCUGCAGGCAGUCAAUGCGCUGCACGGUGGUGGGAUGGGAAGCAUGGCCAUUGCCACAGAUGCAGCAGCUAUGGGAGGAGCAGGGAGUCAAAGCCCUGUACUCAGAGUCAUAGUGGAAAACCUCUUCUACCCCGUCACGUUGGAUGUCCUACACCAGAUUUUCUCCAAGUUCGGUACAGUCCUGAAGAUCAUCACUUUCACUAAGAACAACCAGUUCCAGGCUCUGAUCCAGUACGCCGAUGGCAUGACAGCUCAGCAUGCUAAACUGUCUCUGGAUGGACAGAACAUCUACAACGCCUGCUGUACCUUGAGAAUUAGCUUCUCCAAGCUGACGAGCCUCAAUGUCAAGUACAACAACGAUAAGAGCAGGGACUACACUCGACCAGACCUCCCAAAUGCAGAUUCACAGCAAUCUCUUGAUCACCAGACCAUGGCUGCCGCUGCAUUUGCUGCACCAGGAAUAAUAUCGGCCUCUCCCUAUGGUGGAGCUCAUGCCUUCCCCCCAGCCUUUGCCAUCCAACAGGCUGGUCUGUCAAUGCCUGGUAUUCCCAGUGCCCUGGCGUCCCUGGGUAUGGGCCACGGUGGCAUGGCAGCUGCGGCAGCGGCUGCCAGCCGGCUCGGCCUAUCAGGCCUCACUGCCACUGGGGGACACAAUGUCAUGCUGGUCAGCAAUCUGAACCCUGAGGUGUGUAUGGCGAUGUGAUGAGGGUGAAGAUCCUGUUCAAUAAAAAGGAGAAUGCUCUGAUCCAGAUGUCUGAUGGCACACAGGCCCAGC